UUGCCAUCAUGGGUAAUUGUUUACGCACAGAAAAAUCUGACAUUGACAAGACUCAUGUCGAUCAACGUAGUCCGCUUGACGAUGCAGCCGCCGUAGGUGUAACUGGCGUUCCACAAAUAACUAUGCCAAUUGGACAACCGCAGGAACAAAUACGACCUGUGCCUCAAAUUCCUGAGAACGAAACAUCAAACGCCAAUGCAAAAAUAUUUGUGGCAUUGUACGAUUACGACGCCCGUACGGACGAGGAUUUAAGUUUCCGCAAAGGAGAACAUUUAGAAAUAUUGAACGAUACACAGGGUGAUUGGUGGUUGGCGCGCAGCAAGAAGACCCGUCAGGAAGGCUACAUACCAUCCAACUAUGUUGCCAAGUUGAAAUCCAUAGAAGCAGAACCCUGGUACUUCCGUAAAAUCAAACGCAUUGAGGCUGAGAAGAAAUUAUUACUGCCAGAAAAUGAGCAUGGAGCAUUUUUAAUUAGAGACUCUGAGAGUCGUCAUAAUGACUAUUCGCUAUCAGUUCGUGAUGGUGAUACCGUGAAACACUAUCGUAUCAGACAGCUGGACGAAGGUGGUUUCUUCAUAGCAAGGCGCACAACAUUCAGAACACUUCAAGAAUUGGUUGAACACUAUUCCAAGGAUUCGGACGGUCUGUGCGUUAAUUUAUGCAAGCCGUGUGUACAGAUUGAGAAACCAGUCACCGAGGGAUUGUCACAUCGUACUCGUGAUCAGUGGGAAAUUGAUAGAACUUCACUGAAAUUCGUACGAAAAUUAGGUUCCGGUCAAUUUGGUGAAGUAUGGGAAGGUCUAUGGAACAAUACCACUUCGGUGGCCAUAAAAACACUUAAAUCAGGCACAAUGGACCCAAAAGACUUUUUGGCUGAAGCUCAAAUCAUGAAGAAACUCCGGCACAACAAACUCAUACAAUUGUAUGCUGUGUGUACAGUUGAGGAGCCCAUUUACAUUAUAACUGAACUUAUGAAGCAUGGUUCUCUGUUGGAGUACUUGCAAGCCAUUGCAGGUAAAGGACGCAGUCUUAAGAUGCCUGUAUUAAUAGACAUGGCGGCCCAGAUUGCUGCUGGCAUGGCUUACUUGGAGUCCCAGAACUAUAUUCACAGAGAUUUGGCGGCCAGAAAUGUUUUAGUAGGUGAUAACAACAUAGUCAAAAUUGCUGAUUUUGGUUUGGCAAGACUUAUAAAAGAAGAUGAAUAUGAAGCUCGUGUCGGUGCCAGAUUCCCCAUUAAAUGGACAGCUCCGGAAGCGGCAAACUAUUCGAAAUUCUCUAUUAAGUCAGAUGUAUGGAGCUUUGGUAUAUUGUUAACAGAAUUGGUCACAUACGGUCGCAUACCUUAUCCAGGAAUGACAAAUGCCGAAGUGUUGACACAAGUUGAACACGGAUAUCGCAUGCCACAACCGCCAAACUGCGAUCAAAGACUCUAUGAGAUAAUGUUGGAAUGCUGGCACAAGGACCCAAUGAGACGACCAACCUUCGAAACUCUCCAGUGGAAACUGGAAGAUUUCUACACAUCAGAUCAGAGUGACUACAAAGAAGCCCAAGCUUACUGAUAAAUGCUUAAUGC